CUCUGUACACCAGACUGGACUCGAGCUCACAGCCGCCUGCCCCUGCCCCCCGAGUGCUGGAAUUAAAGGCCAUGCGCCACCACCGCCACCCGGCCAUGUGUAGAAAUUUUAUCCAAGAACAAAUAUAAGUCUUUGAUGCACCUGCUACGUUUGGCAAGGUGAGAUCCCGCCCGAGGAAAGUCUCGCGAGAUCUAGCGGGAUUUGGUGUAAUGGUGGGUUAACGCUGAUGGACAUCUUAACCACCAAUCAUGGAGAAGUGGGAGUAGGAACGGUUAGGUGUAGGUUAAAGGUCGAGCGGAAAUUCGCUAAGCUUCCGGCCGCCGGCUGGGGAAAGAGUUAUGGCUAAACAUCAUCCAGACUUGAUUUUCUGCCGUAAGCAGGCUGGUGUCGCUAUCGGAAGAUUGUGUGAAAAAUGCGAUGGCAAGUGUGUGAUUUGUGAUUCCUACGUGCGACCCUGCACCCUGGUUCGCAUAUGUGACGAGUGUAACUAUGGGUCUUACCAGGGCCGGUGUGUGAUCUGUGGAGGUCCCGGAGUCUCGGAUGCCUACUACUGUAAAGAGUGCACCAUCCAGGAGAAGGAUAGAGACGGUUGCCCCAAGAUUGUCAAUUUGGGGAGCUCUAAGACAGACCUGUUCUAUGAACGCAAAAAAUACGGCUUCAAGAAGAGGUGAUGGGUGGGCGGCUCGUUCCUCCCCCAUCAAGCUGCUGCGGCUACCAGAAAAGACGCCUACUACCACCAGCAGAAGGGACCAGAGCCAGUGUGUCGCCAGAACAGCCUGCUAGAGCUAAUGUCCUGCCGCCUCCCACCCCCCAUCCCCCCUCCCGUCUUUCCCUCACGGUGCUGGUGGGAUGGAAGAGGGCUCUUCACAGAGCACUCUAGCAGACUGUUAGUUUGUAGUUUGUUUUGUUCUAGUUGAAGAAGCGAGGCUCUGCUCUCUAUACUGAUUCUCUCCACACGAGUCUUCCAUCUGCACCCUUGACAAUGAAGCCACCACAGGCGAAAGCAUGGCCUUGCAGCAGCUGUGCUGGUGGUGUGGCCGGGAUCCAUCACAGCAGUGCUGUGAUGUGACACUUCCCAGGUGGCGCUGGUUCAUGGUAUUUUCCUCUUAGAAAUUGGAACGUCUGUUGUUCUAAUAAAGGUGGUGUGUAUUUUCUGGUA